AUGAGGUGUCCAGUAGUUUUUGCAGUCUUGUUCCUGUUUGCACUUAACAAUGCAGAAAAUACCGAAAAAAAUGUUUUAGUGUUAAUUGAAAAUGUAUCCGUCCGUGAUUCGCACUCAUUAUUUUUUAACUUCCUGAAAGAUCGUGGAUACCACCUUGCUUAUAAGUACGCUGACGAUGCCUCCCUCGAUCUAAAGCACCUGGGUGAAUAUAUGUAUCAGCAUAUCAUUAUCUUCGCCCCAUCCGUUAGAGAAUUCGGCGGUAACCUCGAUGUGAAGAAACUCACCCGUUUUGUUGACGAUGGCGGCAACAUUCUGGUUGCGGGAAGCUCAGAUAUAGGCGAGGCUAUCAAAGACUUUGGCAGUGAUUGCGGCGUAGAGUUCGAUGACGAGAAGACCACCGUUAUUGACCACAUGCAUUACGACGUGAUGGACGAGGGAAAGCAUAACCUUAUUAUUGUCGACCCCGAAAAUAUCGCCAACGUUCCAGUUAUUACAGGCAAGGUUACUAAUCCGCUGCUAUAUCGUGGCAUCGGAAUCGCUGCCAACCCCGCAAAUCCCCUUUUGAUAAACAUUCUUCAUGCAUCCGAUACCGCGUACUCCCACUCCCCAGAUUCACCGAUUACCAAUUACCCGAAUACUGUCGGCAAAAAUACGCAAUUGAUAACAGGUCUACAGGCCAGAAACGAUGCUCGAGUCCUUUUUGUUGGUUCUCUAGACUUCUUCUCCAAUGACUUCUUCUUGUCGGGUGCAGUUAACAGCCAAACGGGCAAAAGCUAUGCCGCAUCAGGAAACAAAGAACUUUCAGAAAGCCUUGCCCUUUGGACUUUUAAAGAAACUGGCGUCCUUCGAGUGUCGUCUGUACAUCACAAUAAAGUUGGUGAAAAGGAUUCAAGACGGGAGUACACCAUCAAAGACGACAUUAUGUUUUCUGUUGACAUCGAAAUUAAGGGCCUGGAUGGGUCCUGGAAGCCAUUCGUAGCUGACGACGUUCAAGUAGAACUUAUUCGCAUUGAUCCAUUUAUAAGGCGAACACUUCCGCACCAAGGCAAUAAAUACGAGACCCAAAUAAAACUUCCGGACGUCUACGGCGUUUUUAAACUGGUCGUCGAUUACCAUCGCACAGGAUACACUCACCUCUUCACCUCUAACCAGGUAAGUCCGUCUGAUUUUAUUAGCCAAAUAAUGACCUCACAACAUCCGUUUUUGUUAUUAGUUGUUGGUUUGCGCGUCCGCAAUCAGAAAGUCGAGUAA